CCACGAAUCUGCCUCCUCUGGCGCACCACAAAUUCCGAUGGCAGACUCUCUAGUUGAUGCUCUAGAGAGAGUACAUAUCUCUGCCAGUAAUAGUGACUCCUUACCAGACGACUGGAUUGACUCCAUUCUCGACUCGACCCGUCCUCGGAAACGAAUAAAGCAAUCCCCAGACGCCCUCAAAGCCUCUCUCGAGCAGAAAUACCUCACGCCCUCAACCUCCUUCUCUACAGAAUGGCUCAACAAACUUCAGCAACGCUGGGAUACUCCCACAGACUAUUCCUCCCUCUACAAAAUCGCUCCCACACAAACAAGAACCAUAACCCGCUUCACGCGCGAAGGACUCUCUGGCCGUGUAACGGGGUAUAAGGAAGUCACUGUACCCGCCAACAGCGCAACAGCCAAGAACAGCACGUCGUUCCUCCGCAAGCCUGCCAAUAGAGCCGAUCUCGUGCGAGGAGCCGCGGGGUUCUUCCCCUUUGCGCCGGGUGGAUUAGAGGGCGUGGAAGCGGCUGCUGCGUUAGAAGAUCAGAUUGUGAGGAACGAGAGUGCUAUUCAAGCUGAGGGCAGCAAGAGUAAACUUGAGAGGGUGAUCAAUUUUAGUGGUGAGGGCGGGUUGUUGGAGAUUCCGCCUGGGUUUGAGAGGGGUGGGGAGUUUAAGAAGAUUAAGAGGGAUGAGGUUGAGGUGAAGGAGGCAGAGGAAGUGGAGAAUGUACUGGAAGAAGAGCCGGUGCAGGAAUUGGAUGAUGAAGGAGCGAAAGAGGGUCUUAAUGGCACGGCAGAUUCUGGUGAUGCUUCGGAAGAAGACGGAGAGGAUGAUAUCGAUUCUUUGUUACCGGUCGAGUUCCCUGCUCUCGAACCACAUGGUGUGCUGGCUGCUUCGAGCGCGAAGAGAGGUGGUCGAGAAUGGGCACAUAUGGUGGACGUCAAGAGAGAGAUUACGAAUUUCAGAGAGUUGGUCCCGGAUAUGGCGAGAGAGUGGCCUUUUGAGUUGGAUACGUUUCAAAAAGAAGCCGUGUACCAUCUCGAGAAUGGUGACUCUGUGUUUGUAGCGGCUCACACCUCUGCUGGAAAGACAGUCGUUGCAGAAUAUGCUAUUGCUCUUGCUGCGAAGCAUAUGACAAAAGCCAUCUACACAUCACCUAUAAAGGCGUUGAGCAAUCAGAAGUUCAGAGAUUUCAGACAGAUCUUUGACGAGGUUGGCAUUCUUACUGGAGAUGUUCAGAUUGCUCCUGAAGCUAGCUGUCUUAUCAUGACAACUGAGAUCUUACGGAGUAUGUUGUACAGAGGAGCAGAUCUGAUCCGAGAUGUGGAAUUUGUCAUUUUCGAUGAAGUUCACUAUGUCAAUGAUCUAGAACGAGGUGUUGUUUGGGAAGAAGUUAUUAUCAUGUUACCUGAGCAUGUUACACUUAUUCUCCUAUCAGCUACUGUUCCUAACACUUACGAAUUUGCUUCUUGGGUAGGACGAACGAAGCGGAAGGAUAUCUAUGUCAUCUCAACUCCAAAGCGACCAGUUCCAUUGGAACAUUACCUUUGGGCUGAUAAGAGUAUCCAUAAGAUCGUGGAUGCAGACAAGAAGUUCCUGGAGAAGGGCUACAAGGAGGCAAGUGACAUUUUGUCCGGUAGGAACAAGACCAAGGCUUUGCCACCUGCAGAGACCAACAGUCGUGGCGGAGGCAAUACUCGAGGAGGCAGAGGCGGGAACCAGAGAGGUGGGAAUCAGCGAGGUGGAGGCCAGCAGCGUGGAGGUGCUCAACAACGUGGUCGCGGUGGUCCUCCCAGAGCCAGCCAUACUCCUGGUCAUAUGGGCCGAGGAGGCAGAUCUGGUGGCCGGACAACUGCUGCUCAGGAUAAGACCCUUUGGGUACAUUUGGUGCAAUUCCUUAAAAGAGAGACUCUACUGCCUGCGUGUAUCUUCGUCUUCUCCAAGAAGCGAUGCGAAGAGAACGCAGAUGCUCUCAGUAACCAGGAUUUCUGCACUGCAACCGAGAAGAGCGCCAUUCACAUGAUCAUCGAGAAGUCAAUUGCUAGACUUAAGCCCGAAGAUCGACUACUACCUCAGAUUGUCCGUCUGCGAGAUAUGCUUGGUCGAGGCAUUGCGGUUCAUCAUGGUGGCUUGCUUCCUAUCGUCAAAGAAGUUGUUGAGAUCCUCUUCGCACAAACACUGGUCAAGAUCUUGUUCGCUACGGAAACCUUUGCAAUGGGCUUAAAUUUGCCUACUCGUACAGUGGUUUUUUCUGGAUACAGAAAGCACGAUGGUCACUCCUUCCGAGAUCUACACCCAGGAGAGUAUACACAAAUGGCUGGCAGAGCAGGUCGACGUGGUUUGGAUACUGUUGGAUCUGUCAUCAUUGUCACUCCUGGUGGAGUUGGUGAAGCACCUCCUGUUGCAGAAUUGAAAGAGAUGCUUCUCGGAAAUCCUUCGAAACUACAGUCACAGUUCAGAUUGACAUACAAUAUGAUCUUGAACCUGCUUCGGGUAGAGGCUUUGAAGAUCGAAGAAAUGAUCAAGCGGAGUUUCAGUGAGCAUGCCACUCAGCAAUUGUUGCCUGAGCACGAAAAGUCUAUCAAGGUCUCAGAAGCAGAUUUAGCAAAGAUCAAGCGUGAGCCUUGUGGUAUUUGCGAUACAGAUCUGGAUGCCUGUCAUCAGGCUGCUGAAAAUUAUAGGCAGCUCACUUUGGAUUUGCAUCUUGGAUUGCUCGCCACGCCUGUUGGAAGAAGAAUGUUUUCUCCCAAGAGACUCAUUAUCUACAACAAGGAUGGCGUUCGUACACCGGGAAUUCUACUUAAGGAAGGCGCUACUACUGGAUCAGCUCCAACUGUACAUGUUCUCGAAAUCAGGACUCGGAGAGAUGCAAGAGACACCACUGAUCUGCUUCCAUUUCUACCGAAGUACCGAAAGUUGUUCACCAAGAUGCCGUCAACCAAGAAGGCGAUCGCAUGGAAGAAUCUCUUUAUCCCUGUCGCUGAUAUAGAGUGUGUCACGCAAAGUAUCCUCAAGGGUGUUAUCCCAGAAGUCUUCGGCAGAGAAGGAGGCUCGGAAGGCCAACAAGGGGCAAGAGACCAACUCUGGCGACUGUGCCAGUCGUGGGAAUUGGAUGAGUGGAACGAAAUGGACUUGACAAGAAUCAAAGACUUGGCACUGCGUGAGCUCAUUGCUAAACGUAACGAGCAAGCUACAAAUGCUCAAAAAGCAGCCAGUCUGUCAUGUCCACAAUUCGUCAAGCAUUUCGCCAUGUGCCACGAUCAAUGGCUCAUCCAAGAGAACAUUUCCCAGCUUCGCCAACUGAUGUCCGACCAAAAUCUUCAACUUCUCCCUGACUACGAGCAGCGAAUCCAAGUCCUCAAAGACCUCUCCUUCAUCGACGACAACUCCCGCGUUCAACUCAAAGGCAAAGUAGCCUGCGAGAUCCAUUCAGCAGACGAACUCGUCCUCACAGAACUCAUCCUCGACAACGUCCUCGCUGCCUACGAACCCGCCGAAAUUGUAGCUCUCCUCUCCGCCUUCGUCUUCCAAGAAAAAACCGACAUGGUCCCCAACCUGACCGGCAACCUCGAGCGUGGAAUGAAAACCAUCAUCGAGAUCUCGGAGAAGGUCAACGAGCGCCAGACGUAUCAUCAAGUCAUCCUCUCCUCGGACGACAGCAACGAUUUCGUUUCUCGUCCGAGAUUCGGACUCAUGGAGGUCGUGUAUGAGUGGGCCCGAGGCAUGAGUUUCAAGAAUAUUACAAACUUGACGGAUGUCCUGGAGGGCACGAUUGUGAGGGUUAUUACGAGGUUGGAUGAGACGUGUAGAGAGGUUAAGAAUGCGGCGAGGAUUAUUGGAGAUCCGGAGUUGUUUACCAAGAUGCAGACUUGUCAGGAGAUGAUCAAGAGGGAUAUUACAGCGGUGGCUAGCUUGUAUAUGUGAUAUUAGAUGUGGAUUUGAAGGAAUGGAAACGAAUCUUUGAUGAGC